UCUGCCAAUCGCUGGAGGACAGAGUGGGAAAAGGAAUAGGCAGAGUUGGGAGGCAGACAAAAGAAGUUAAAGAACGCUUAAUCUACCCAUGUUUUUGAAGGAGGAUGGUAGAGGGGGAAAAAUAACAAGAGUAAGUGUGGAUGGACUUGAUUGUGUAGUGAUGGAGCCCCCUUUGAGCAAGAGGAGUCAGACUCUGAGGUUAGCGGAUUUGGCAGCGGCACAAGCCCAUCCUCAUCAGACUAUGACAGGCUUCCCGGGGUUGGGGAGUCAUCAAGCAGCUCACUCCCACCCUGCCCACAUCCACCCUGGGGAGUUGGGGAGUGACCCUGGAGUUGCCCUGACUCCAUUCGGACCUGAGCACAUGGCACAAGCCAGUGCUCUGAAACUUAGUCCCUCGCAGCAGCAGCAGCAGCACCCUCAUCCCGAGGCUCAGACCGCUGCAGCCUUCGCCUCGCCAGUAUCCAGCUAUUCCCACACUGGCUACAGCAACAGCCCCAGGGACUUUCUCCUUAGGAGGGAGCUAUCCACCUCGGCCAUGUUAGGAGAACAGCAUCCGGCCACCGGCUCCCCCCAUCACCAUCAUCACCACCACCACCACCACCCCCAUAGCAUGUUCAUCUCCUCCACUGGCACCUAUGAUGGAGGAAGCCACCCUCUCUUCACUGGCAUUCACGAGCAGGCAGCCCCAGGAGUCCACCACCCCCUCAACGGACAGAUGCGCCUUGGCUUGGCCGGAGAACUGUACGGGAGAGCGGAACCCUUCAGAAGCGAACACUAUGCAGCCUCCUCCAUCCACAGCUACAACUCUAUGAACUUAAAUGUCAACCUCGCUGCUGCUGCUGCUGCUGCCGCCCACCCAGCCGCUGCAGGGGCGUUCUUGAGGUACAUGAGGCAGCCCAUCAAACAAGAGCUCAUCUGCAAGUGGAUCGAUCAGGAGCAAGGCUCCAAAAAGACCUGCUGCUCCAAAACUUUCAGCACCAUGCACGAGCUGGUCAACCAUGUCACGGUGGAGCAUGUCGGGGGCCCCGAGCAGAGCAGCCACAUCUGCUUCUGGGAGGAAUGUCCCAGGGAGGGAAAACCAUUCAAAGCCAAAUACAAACUGGUCAACCACAUCAGAGUUCACACUGGAGAGAAGCCUUUCCCAUGCCCAUUCCCUGGAUGUGGCAAGGUCUUUGCCCGGUCAGAAAACCUUAAAAUCCACAAAAGGACUCAUACAGGAGAGAAACCCUUUAAAUGCGAAUUUGAUGGUUGCGACAGGAAGUUUGCCAACAGCAGUGACAGAAAGAAGCAUUCUCAUGUGCACACCAGUGACAAGCCCUAUUACUGUAAGGUCAGAGGUUGUGACAAGUCGUACACUCAUCCGAGCUCCUUGAGGAAACACAUGAAGAUCCACUGCAAGUCCCCUCCAGGUUCCCCUUCUGCUCUGGGCUACUCUGCUGUGACCACUCCAAUUGAUGACUCUCUGUCCCCUGCUCAGGAACAAGUCAGGGGGCGCUCUAGCAAUCUGUCCCCCCAGGUCACCAACCUCAAUGAGUGGUAUGUGUGCCAGGCCAGCGGGGGCCCCAACAACCUGCACACGCCUUCCAGCAAUGCUGACUCCACAGAUUCUGAUGAUGAAGACACUUAUAGGAACUCUGAAAGAACUAUACGCUAGACACUGCUGCCUUCCCCAAGUGUGACAGAUGGACCACAGAGAUCGCUUUUGGGAGCCCCAGUAUUUAUUUUCUACAACACCAUAAGGUCCUCAAACACUUGAAAAAUGUUACUAUGCUUGAUGAGUUUAACAACGGUAUGGCCUCCACAGCAAACUGUCUCAUUCCUGGGAUAGAUGCCCUGCAGAAGCAAGGAGGAUAAACAUAUUAUCAUACUGCCAAUGCAAUGUAUUUUUAUCAGCAGGCUGGAUACUAUACAGAAUGACAGUGCUCUUUCUCCCUCAUGUGCCUCACACACACACACACACACACACACACACA